CGUGCCGGUCGGUCGGUGGGUACUUAAGCUCAGCGCAGCUCUGCUCAGCUCUGAAGCGACAAUUCGACAUCAGAUAACUCUCCCUCCGCUACCUACCUGCCUACUUCGUUACCGCAUACCAACCCCACCCCACCACACCCCACCCCACCAAACGUCGCAUCACACACACACACACACGCACACGUGCACACACACACAAUGCCGUUGGCAGCACUCAAGCGUCUCGGCAGCUCACUGCUCACGCCGCGGUCGCAAUCGCCCACCGACGGGGCGUCCAAGGUGACGAAGGAGACGCUGUUCCCCCCGAUCCCUUCGGACGACGACUGCAACCACGACUGCGCCGCCUGUCCCGUAUCCGAUGGCACGGGCUCCGGCUACGGCCGCGCAUUCGACAAGAUCGGCACGGACAGCUCCGACCCGCUAUGGGGGCAGGUGAAGGCGUACGGGACGCACGCGAUCGUGGCGACGGGGAAGACCGACUGGAUCCGCGAUGUUGAAGACAUCAAGGGCAGUGUUAUGGCCGCCCUGGCGGCGAAGAAGAAAGCCGUCGACAACGGCCGCUUGAUGAUUUCUGCCAGCAAUCUGCCGCCGCCGCAGGAGUAUUUCGAAGCGCAUGGGGGCGAGGGCAGGGACGCCCCGACGGAUGUUAUCUUAUUGCCGGCGUUUACGGUUCUGGAGGGAGUCACGCCCGCGGAUGCGGACGAGAUUGUCAGGUGCUAUAUCAACCCCGGGCCGACGAGUAGUACUCUGCUGCCGCCGCCGCCACCUCUAGCCGAGGAGCCCGCCGUCGCGGAGGACACCCCCGCCGCCGACCCAGCGGAAAUCGCACCCACCAGCGCCCCCUCCACGACCGCCGAAACCGCGCUCAGCACCACCCUCCCUACCACCCUCAAAUCGCACCCGUACCCACACGCAUUCCUGAUCCUAAUCUGUUCUCACCGGCACCGCGACGCGCGGUGCGGUAUCAGCGCACCGAUCCUCUCGAAAGAGUUUGAGAAGCACCUUCGUUCGGUGCACCUAUGGCGCGACCAUUCUGACCGGCGCCCCGGCGGCGCCAGCGUCGUCUUCAUCAACCAUGUCGGCGGACAUAAGUACAGUGCCAACGUUAUCAUCUACCGCAAGGAGGAUGGGCAAGGGAUUUGGUUGGCAAGGGUCGCGCCCAGACAUGUCGAGGGCAUUGUUAAGCAUACUAUCGUGGAGGGAAGGGUUAAUACUGAGAUGGUUAGGGGCGGGUUUAAUAGGAGGACGGGGGCGACGAGUUGGUAG